GCUGAUGCUGCUGGAGGUGAAAUGCUUUCUCUCGCUCGUCGUCCCGCUGUAGUCCGAGUGGAACUGGGAGGUUCUUGGUGGUUCUGGGCGGUUCUGGGCGGAAGCGUCCGCUCUGCUUGAGGCUUGGCUCGGCUCAGACUCUGCUGAAAGGAACCGGAGCUGUGCGCGGACGGAAUCAGUGCGCAGUAACGCGGAGAGGAACAACAACUUGGAGCGGUGCGGAGUGAGCGUGAAAUUCCUUGAUCUCAACUAAACAUGGACUACCCUGAGGACUUCCUGUUGGCUGAGCUGCAGUUCUACAAUGACUCAUUUUUCCAGAACAACUUCAGCAGCGCCUACAAUGACACUGCCAUGCUGCCGACAGGGGUGAAGGUUACCAUCGUGGUUGUCUACAUGAUCGUCUGUGUCAUUGGCCUGGUGGGAAACUUCCUGGUCAUGUAUGUCAUCAUAAGAUACACCAAGAUGAAAACAGCCACAAACAUCUACAUCUUUAACCUGGCGCUGGCUGACUCUCUCUUUCUGGCUACGCUACCUUUCCAGGGCACUGAUGUGUACCUGGGCUUCUGGCCAUUUGGGAACACCCUGUGCAAGGUGGUGGUAUCCAUUGACUACUACAACAUGUUCACCAGUACCUUCACGCUGACAGUGAUGAGCAUGGACAGGUACGUGGCUGUCUGCCACCCUGUCAAAGCGCUGGACAUGAGGACUCCUCACAAGGCCAAAGUGGUGAAUAUCUGCGUCUGGGUGUUGGCUUCUGCCUUCGGUGUCCCAGCGAUGGUCAUGGGAAAUGUAGAGGAGGAACAAGAGCAUAACAGUUUUGAGUGCAUAGUGGUUCUGCCCGAGCCAAGGAGUCACUGGGAUCCCGUCUUUGGCACCUGUGUCUUCCUCUUCUCCUUCCUCAUCCCUGUGGCAAUCAUCAGCAUCUGCUACAGCCUGAUGGUCAAACGCCUGCGCAGUGUUCGCAUCCUGUCUGGCUCCAAGGAAAAGGACCGAAACCUACGGCGCAUCACCAGGAUGGUUCUGGUGGUUGUGGCAGCAUUUGUGGUGUGUUGGACCCCGAUCCAGAUCAUGGUCCUGGCACAGUGUCUGGGCUUCAACCUGAGCAGCCUCUUCACACUGGUCCUCAUGCACUUCUGCAUCGCACUGGGCUACGUCAACAGCAGCUUGAAUCCUGUGCUCUACGCCUUCCUCGACGAAAAUUUCAAACGUUGCUUCCGAGAGUUCUGCCACCCGUCUCCAUUCCGCCUCGAUACCCAGCAGUCAGGCAGGAUGAGGAGCAUCGCCAGGGAGGUGGCGGCGGCCUACAGCUGCAAAGCUGGAGAUGGUGGGGGGCUUGGGGGAGGGACACCGAAUCCAGCAUGA